AUGGUUAAGCUUGCUCAUAUCCUCGUUGCAACAUUCGGGGUUCUCCUCCUCCUUAACGGCAGUCUCGCAAGGCAGUCCCUAGGGGUUCCUCCUCAGCUAGGGAACGCCUGUAACCUAGAUAACUUAGACGUUCUUGAACCCACCGAAACUAUCAAGAGCGAGGCUGGUCGAGUCGAGUACUGGGAUCACAACCAUCCUCAAAUCCGAUGUGCUGGUGUCUCUAUCUCUCGUGUUGUAAUCGAACAAGGCGGUCUUUACCUUCCUACCUUCUUCAGCUCCCCCAAAAUUUCCUACGUUGUUCAAGGAAUGGGUAUUAGCGGAAGAGUGGUCCCUGGAUGCGCGGAAACCUUCAUGGACUCUCAGCCUAUGCAAGGACAACAACAACAACAACCAUGGCAGGGACAACAAGGACAACAGGGUCAGCAGGGACAACAAGGACAACCAUGGCAGGGACAACAAGGUCAGCAGGGACAACAAGGACAACAGGGUCAGCAGGGACAGCAGCAGCAAGGUCAACAAGGGUUCCGUGACAUGCACCAGAAGGUGGAACAUGUACGACAUGGAGACGUCAUAGCCAUAACUUCAGGCUCUGCCCAUUGGAUCUACAACACCGGUGACCAGCCACUUGUCAUCAUCUGCCUUCUAGACAUUGCCAACUACCAAAACCAGCUCGACCGCAACCCAAGAACGUUCCGUCUGGCCGGAAACAACCCACAGGGCAGUUCACAGCAACAACAACAACAACAGAACAUGUUGAGCGGGUUCGACCCUCAGGUCCUAGCCCAGGCAUUGAAAAUCGACGUUAGGUUGGCUCAGGAGCUUCAGAACCAACAAGACAACAGAGGAAACAUCGUUCGUGUUAAGGGACCUUUCCAGGUUGUGAGGCCGCCUCUUAGACAGGCAUACGAGAGUGAGAAGUGGAGACACCCACGUGGCCCACCACAAAGCCCACAAGACAACGGCUUGGAGGAGACUAUCUGCAGUAUGAGGACCCACGAGAACAUUGAUGACCCAGCCCGUGCUGACGUGUAUAAACCACACCUCGGUCGUGUGACUAGCGUCAACAGCAUGACCUUACCCAUCUUGCAGUACGUCAGGCUCAGCGCUACCCGUGGCAUUAUCCAGGGUAAUGCGAUGGUGCUUCCGAAAUACAACAUGAAUGCAAACGAGAUCUUGUACUGCACACAAGGACAAGCAAGGAUUCAAGUGGUGAACGACAACGGACAGAACGUGUUGGACCAGCAAGUGCAGAAGGGACAACUCGUGGUCAUCGACCACGAGGAUUCGCAUACGUUGCCCAGUCCCAUGGAAACAGCUUCGAAUGGAUUUCUUUCAAGACAAACGCUAACGCGAUGA